AUGGUCAAGACUUCCGUCCUCAACGAUGCGCUCAACGCCAUCAACAACGCCGAGAAGAGCGGUCGCCGUCAGGUUCUGAUCCGCCCCUCCUCUAAGGUCAUCAUCAAGUUCCUCUCCGUCAUGCAGAAGCACGGCUACAUUGGCGAGUUCGAGGAGGUCGAUGACCACCGCUCCGGCAAGAUCGUUAUCCAGCUCAACGGUCGCCUCAACAAGACCGGUGUCAUCAACCCCCGCUACCCCGUCCAGCUCCGUGACCUCGAGAAGUGGACCACCCAGCUCCUCCCCUCCCGUCAGUUCGGUUUCGUCGUCCUGACCACCUCCGCUGGUAUCAUGGACCACGAGGAGGCUCGCCGCAAGCACGUUGCUGGCAAGCUCCUCGGUUUCUUCUACUAAAAAGUUUCAUCUUGCGAUGUCCUGAAAUGAUUGGAAUAUGACUUGUCAUGAUGUGGACGAGGGAUGUGCUCUCUGUUGCUUGUCUUGGCGGAGAGUUUUCGGAAUCGAUACCCCCCGGCAGAAACGCCAUAGAUAGUUUAUUGAUUUAGAGUGAUCUCGUCCAACCAAACAAGGAUUUUUCCUGUCGUUUCAC